GAAUUUAAUCGGAAGGAUUAAAUGUGGUUAACAGGUGACGUACAGAUACCAAUUGCAACCAACACGGGCAUGCGCAAGGAACACGUGGUCAGGCAGUCAGUGCAAGAACAAACGAAUUAGAAAACUUCUCUUGAUCUAUCAUAUAAUUCUCAAGAUUUCUCUUGCUGAUCUAUCCGGUAAUUCUCUAUACGAAGAUGACCACUACCUCUUCGAGCACAUCCUCAACUGGAACACCGCCGAUCAGUUCCACCAACCCGACGACAACUCCGACAACUCUCAACCCGAUGACAACUCCGACAACUCUCAACACCAUGAUUGCCAAUUCUGUCCAGGCAGCCCUCGGCGCGGUGUUACCAACGAUCAUCAACGCAAUGGACCAGCGGAUUCAGGCAGCAGUCCAACAACACCGCCCCUCAUCAGUCUCACCAUCAGUCUCACCACCAGUCCCACCAUCAGUCCCCUCAUCGAUCCCAACCAUCUCUGCUUCCGGCUCGGGUACCCCACGGAGUCCCACCUCAGGCCCGGUUGUCAGCACCGGAACGGCAGGCAGACGAGCAGCCGUCGUUAGCCCCACAGAGCUUGCAGGAAUGGGUAAUGAACUCAACCCCCGACUGGCUAUCCCCUUGUUGGAGACACAAGCUGCAGAAUUAAUGCACCACGGGAUUGCUGCCAACACACAAAAAUUAUACACAUCAGCUCAAAAAAUAUAUUUAUCAUUUUGUCAACGGCUGUCUUUCGUCCCCCUCCCAGCAACCGAAGACACUUUAAUUUUAUUUGUGACCGAACUGGCACAGUCUAGAGCGCAUUCUACUAUACGGUCCUACUUAUCGGGAGUUCGACACUUACACAUUAUUCACGGGCACAAGAACCCACUACAAGAUUCCCCACGUCUGCACUUAGUUUGCAAAGGCAUUCAACGUAUCAAACCAAAAUCAAGUCAGCCAAGACUGCCGGUCACCCCUCUCAUUCUCCGACUCCUAAAACAACAACUGCAACCUUUAGAUGACUUCGACAACGCAAUGAUAUGGGCAGCAGCCUGCGCGGCUUUCUUUGGGUUUUUGAGAUCAGCCGAGUUCUGCUCCUCAGCCCUCCUCCUAUCAGACGUGGCAAUCGACAACCGGGAACAUCCCACGACGAUAUCACUGUUCAUCAAAUGCUCCAAAACAGAUCAGUUCCACCAAGGUACGAAUAUUUAUCUUUCAAAAACUGACACCGACCUCUGCCCAGUAACAGCAAUCAAAAAGUAUUUAACUUUGCGUCAGCAGCCAGAUGGCCCGCUGUUUAUCUCACAGCAAGGCGUCCCCCUUACCAGAGAGGUAUUCAUCACAAAGGUUCAAGGGGCGCUAAGCCGAGCCGGAGUGAACCCAGACUUCUACAAAAGUCACUCCUUUCGAAUCGGCGCAGCAACGACAGCAGCGGCUCAGGGCAUCAGCGAUUCCACCAUUAAAACACUGGGUCGAUGGUCCAGUGACGCCUUUCAAGCUUACAUCAAGAUACCGAGACAAGAUUUUGCAGAGAUCACGAAAUCGCUCGUGACUGGUCGGAACACUUAA